CGAGGGUUAAGUUGGCAAUGACUUCCUCGAGGCCGCGUAUUCUUGGCUCGCGUUCUCAUAGAGCAGCAGCGAGUGCCGGUUCCCUCGCGUCUUGGUCUAUGCUGUGGCAAAAUGAGAGACCGACUCUUCGAGCUUCAUGAACUAUCAAGGCUUUAUAGCCAACAUACUCCUGUUGUGGAUGCUGACUUGCAGUUACCUCGUGAAACCCUUCUGUUUGAGACAGAUUAUGCCUUAGCAAGUCUUUACAAAGACAUUCAAGCAAUCCGAACAAAUAAUAAUCACCUGAAAGCAGAUGUUCGGCGCCUGAGCAAACAAAAUGCCCGCUUUCUUACAUCUAUGCGCCGCCUCAGCAGCAUAAAACGUGAUACCAACACAAUUGCAAAAGACAUAAAAGCCCGUGGAGAAGAGAUCCACAGAAAGCUUCAGGCUUUGAGAGACUUCAGUGAAGAUGCGGAAAUGAAAUAUGGUUCCGACUCUCUCAUAGCCCGUGUAUCAAAGGACCACUAUGUUGAUCUAAUGUACAGCUUUCAAGAAGCCAUGUUUGAAUACAACGAGACAGAGAUGAACCAGCGGGAGAACUGCAAGACCAGGAUUCAGCGACAGCUAGAGAUCAUGGGCAAGGAUGUGUCUGGGAACCAGAUAGAGGACAUGAUUGAGCAAGGCAGAUGGGAUGUUUUCUCUGAGAACCUUCUGUCUGAUAUCAAGGGAGCUCGUUCAGCCUUGAAUGAGAUAGAGACCCGGCACAAAGAGCUUAUGAAGUUGGAGUGUCGAAUAAGGGACGUCCACGAACUCUUCUUGCAAGUAGCACUGCUGGUGGAAGAGCAAGCGUACACAUUUAAUGUCAUUGAGCUCAAUGUGCAGAAUGUUAAAGACUAUGUUGGAGAAGCAAAAGGUGAAGUGAGGAGAGCCCUAGAAUAUAGGAGGAAACAUCCAUUCCGAACAAUCAUCUGCUGUUGUUUAAAAGGCUGCAAGGGAUAACUGUUAAUUGUCCUUAAAUCAAUAGAUCAAUGAUGUAGGGAACAUUCAAAUAACUAUACAUUUUAUAAUAAAGUUGUUAGUAUCAUGGCCAGUUCAAUGGCACUUUCUUGGAGGGGGGAAAAAAAGGGAUGAAACUACAGAACCGUAAAGGGGCGGGAGUCUGGAUAAUGAAUUUUAAGACAACUGUUGUAAACACAUGAUUCUAGAGUUCUGGUACAUGAUGUAUUGUAAAUAUAAUAUACUUAUUUUUAUAGGCAUGCUUAUUGUACAUAUUCCACAAAAAAGAUAUAAAGUAUUUAUUUUGGUUACUAUAUGAAGGAAAUUGUUAUGUUGCUCUGGUAGCAUUUGCACUUACAAGGGGCUUGAUGAAUGCAGAGAAGCAUGAAAAAGAAGAGAUGAGAAGAAGAUGCCAUUGCUAAUAAUGGUGUACAAGUCCACAGUUUGGGGGUAGAUUGAAGAAGUCUCACAAGAGAAUGGGACAGGGCAGAGGCUAUGAAACUUGUGUGGUUCUAUCUAGAGGCCUGGAGAGCUGGGUGGGAGAAGAGUGAAGCUGGUGGCAGAGGUGGCUUUUAAGCUACCCCAAACCGCUCAUAUGAGGUAAUUUCUGGUGGUGGAAUGUG